AUGUUUACAUCCUCACCAGCCAAACGACAAGUCCUCAACUCACUAUUCCAAUCUGUCUCCUCAAAAGUGCUUGUGAGUAGUGGGAGUGUUUGCAACAUUAGAUAUUCUUACUCUGCAUUCGCAACAAGAACAAUUGCCAAUCAACCUUGCAUGACUUGUGAAAGACACUUAUUUGUAAACAAAAAACGAUCAAAUAAUCAUUUACCAAUUGAAACAACGCCAGACGGUAGCGAGAAAUAUUCGAACAACUCCCAAAGAAUUGUUGAUGAUGGAAGCUUCAAAUCGCUUUUCAGAAUCUGUCUACAAUUUCUCACGAAUAUUCGAAAACAUUUAUCACUCAUGGAAAUGUCCAUGAUUGGUAUUGGAAUAUUGGCUACCUCAACAGUUGUCUAUCGAUAUUUGUAUGUUGUGUAG